AUGUCUUAUUCAGUGAUAAAAAGUGAAUCCGACAAUAUUAACUCAAUAACAGCAUGUUUGGAUAAUUAUGAACUUCAACAAAGAUCUUUACAUAAAUAUACGGAUGAUAUUUCUGAUGAAUCUCCCUUGCAUGUAACUCCUACUCCAAAUGAAUUUGAUGUUGAUCAUUCUAAUGAUAAUGAUAUUCAAGAAAAACAAAUUGAAGAAGAACUCGAUAUAGUUCAACGAACAAUUCGUUGUGGACGUUUAUUUUGUCUUUCGAAAUUUUCUUUUUUUCGUCAAUCAAAAGAAGCAACCGAAUCUAAAACUGAUCGUUUGAAAAUCUAUGAAAUUUUUAGUUAUGCUGAUAAUUUAGAUAUUUUAUUAAUGAUUGCUGGUAUCAUAGCUGCAUUAAUAUCUGGUGGACUUUAUCCAGUGGCAAUGUAUUUUUUUCAAGGAAUAACAGAUAAUCUUGCUAAUUUAGGAGGAUCAAGAAUAAAAUUUAUCUAUUUUAAUAAUAUUACUAAUAUAUCAAACGAAUGCGCUAUUGUGUCAAAUAAGAACAAUCAAACUGAAUUAGCUUAUGACAGUAUAAAUCGAUUGACCAAGUAUUAUAUUAUUAUUGGAUUUAGUAAUAUCAUUUGUUUUUGGAUUGCUUGGGCAACUUGGAUGUUAGCUGCUGAACGACAAAUUCGACGCAUUCGUUUUGCUCUUUUUCGAAAUAUUCUACGGCAAGAAAUUGGUUGGUUUGAUAUACAAAAAGCAGGAGAAUUAAAUAAUCGUCUUAUUGUAGAUUUAGAUAAAAUCAAAGAUGGAAUCAAUUAUCAUGUACCGCAAUUUUUUAUUCUUCUAUCGAUUACAUUAAGUGUAGUCAUCUUUACUCUUAUAAUAGGAUAUAAGUUAACAUUUAUCUUCCUAUCUAUUUCACCGAUUAUAAUUCUUAUUUUUAAUUUAACAAUUAUAGUUAUUGAAAAAUAUACAAUAAAAGAAGUUUCAGCUUUUGCAACAGCAUCAUCAAUUGCACAAGAAGUAUUAGGAAAUAUUCGAACAGUGACAUCAUUUCAUGGUCAAAUAAAAGAAGAAGAAAGAUUUGGCAAAAAUUUAAUUGAAACAAAAAAUAUUGGCAUUAGAAAAGGUCUAUAUAUUGGUUUAUGUCAAUGUUUUUCAAAAAUUUUUAAUUUUGUAACAUUUGCAAUCACAUUCUGGUAUGGUCAUCAACUUACUCAAACUGAUUGUAAAAAUUAUUCAACUGGUACUGUCAUCGUAGUGCUCAUUUCCUGCAUGGUUGCAAUAUUCAGUACAUUAAAAUUUAUUCCAAAUUUUCAAAAUUUUGCCGAAGCAUUAGGUAGUGCUAGUUAUGUAUUUGAAAUGAUUGAUCGAGAAUCAAAAAUUGAUGCGAUGAGUAACGAAGGUGAUAAAUCUGAACAUAUUAUUGGUGAUAUUGAAUUCGAAAAUGUUACUUUUAUAUUUCCUGCACGACCAGAAAUACCUGCUCUCAAGAAUCUAUCACUAAAAAUCUCAUCGGGUAAAACAAUUGCUUUAGUUGGUCCAUCAGGAUGUGGAAAAAGUACAAUAAUUCAAUUGAUUCAGCGAUUUUAUGAUCCAAAUCAAGGUCGAAUUUUAAUUGAUGGAAAAGAUAUUAAAACAUUGAAUGUUGCAUGGCUUCGUUCACAUAUUGGAGUUGUUAGUCAAGAACUUGCACUUUUUACUGAAUCAAUUGAAGACAAUAUUCGUUUGGGAAAAUUAGAUGCAACUGAUGAAGAAAUUCAAGCUGCUGCUAAAAUGGCUAAUGCACAUGAAUUCAUAAUGGCACUACCAGAAAAUUAUAAGACAUUAUUAGGUAAUAAAUUAAGUGGUGGUCAAAAACAACGAGUUGCUAUUGCUCGAGCAUUAAUUUCAAAUCCAAAGAUUCUUUUGCUAGAUGAAGCAACAAGUGCACUUGAUAACAAAAGUGAACGUUUUGUUCAAGAUGCAUUGGAUAAAGUCAAAGCAGGACGAACAACAAUUAUUAUAGCUCAUCGUUUGAGUACAAUACAAAAUGCUGAUUUCAUUAUAGGAUUGAAACAUGGUCAACUUGUUGAACAUGGAACUCAUCAUGAUUUGAUAAGAUCUAAAGGUCUUUAUUUUGAAUUGAUCAAAGUUCAAAAUCAAAGAGAAACUGAUAGAAAUGACGAUCAAACAGAUGAUAAUAUAGAAACAAAUCGUAUUCGACAAUCAAUAUCAUCAAGAAGAUAUUCGAAACUAUAUGGUAGUUUGACAGAUAAUUCAUAUGCAAGUGAUGAUGAUAAUAAUGAAAACAUAGUUGAUAAUGUUUUUAGAGAAAGAAAAAUAUGUUUUCGAAUUCCAUUUGUAUUUAAAAUUUUGAAAUUUAAUACUCCUGAAUGGUCUUGGAUUUUAAUCGGAACAAUAUGUGCACUUACAUUGGGUGCUGUUGAACCAAUAUCUGCAUUCUUAUUUAGUAAAAUCUAUGGUUUAAUUGCUGAACAAGAUCGUGAUAAACAAAGAUAUUUAAUAAAUAUUUAUGUUGGUACAAUUUUUAUUCUUGGUUUUAUAUCAGGAAUAGCUCAGUUGUUAAGUAAUGCUGGAUUUUCGAUAUCAGGCGAAGCAUUAACGAUGCGCAUGCGAAAAUUAACAUUUGCUGCUAUGAUUCGUCAAGAUAUGAAUUAUUUCGAUCGUAAAGAAAAUUCAGUCGGUGCUCUUGUCACACGUUUAUCAUCUGAUGCAGCUGCUUUGAAGGGUAUGACUGGCAUUCGUAUUGGUAUCAUAGUUCAAACUAUAAGCACUACGAUAAUGGCUCUUACUAUUGCAUUUAUAUCGAGUUGGAAAUUAACAUUCAUUUUACUCUGCUUUGUUCCUAUAUUAGCAUUGGCAGGAAAAUUUUCAGGACAACAAGAAGCUAAUACUGGUCAGUCAAAAAGUAAAACUUCAUUUAGUGAACAAGGUGGACAGAAUGCUACAGAAGCUAUAGAAAAUAUUCGAACAGUUGCUGCUCUUCACCAAGAGCAAUACUUUAUCAAUCUCUAUGAAAAUGCAUUCAAUCAUGAAUUUAAACAAAAAAAAUAUCGUUUGCAUUUAGUUGCAAUAGCUGCUGGAAUUGCAAAUUCAGUAAUGUAUUUUGCUGAUGGUACUAUGUUUUGGUGCGGUAGUAAACUUGUCCAAAACGGUGAAACAACCUUUGAAAAUGUAUUCAGAGUAUAUGCCGUUAUUACUUUUACUAUGGUCCAAAUUGGCUAUUCAAUGGCUUUGAUUCCUGAUUAUUCGAAAGCAAAAAAAGCAGCAUUAAGAAUCAUGCGACUAAAUCGACGACAAUCACAAAUCAAUCCUUAUGAUGAAUCAGGCAUAAUUUUGAAAGAAGUCAAAGGUAAUAUUGAAUUUCAAGAUGUUCAUUUUCGAUAUCCCACUCGGCCGACAAUUCCUGUUAUCAUAAAUCUCUCAUUGAAAUGUGUAACUGGUGGCAUAACAGCACUUGUUGGUCCAUCAGGCAGUGGAAAAUCAACAGUGAUUGUAUUAUUAGAAAGAUUCUAUGAACCAUCAAAAGGAAAUAUUUUACUCGAUGGUCAUGAUAUAAGACUUCUUAAUAUUCGAUGGCUUCGAUCAAUAAUAGGUUUUGUUCAACAAGAACCAGUUCUUUUUAAUAUUUCUAUUUAUGAUAAUAUUGCUUACGGUGAUAAUAGUCGAGAAGUAACACAAGAUGAAAUUGAAACAGCUGCACGAAUGGCAAAUAUUCAUGAAUUUAUAUGUUCAUUACCUAAAGGUUACGAAACAUUAUGUGGAAUGAAAGGUAAUCAAUUAUCUGGUGGACAAAAACAACGAAUUGCCAUAGCUCGAGCAUUAAUUCGUUCACCAAAAAUUUUACUUCUUGAUGAAGCAACAUCAGCAUUAGAUAAUGAAAGUGAAAAAACUGUUCAAGUAGCAUUAGAUAAAGAAAAAUUUAAUCGAACAUGUUUAAAUAUUACUCAUCGUCUUUCAACAAUUCAAAAUUCAGAAAAGAUUGCCGUUGUUGAUCGAGGCAAUGUUAAAGAAGAGGGUACACAUGAUGAACUUUUGAGAUUAAAUGGUGUUUAUACAAAAUUGAUUGCAGCUCAGCGACGCUCAACUUAG